GUGUAAACAAACAGUAUUAUUUUGCCCGCCUAUCGGGAAGUUUACCUUAGAAAUUAAAAUAAUGAAAUGUUCAAUAAAAUGAAUGGAAGCUAAAACUAACUGUGAGAAAAGCACGUGUUAUAUGUGAUAGAAAUUAGUUAAAAGUGUAGUUAUUGCGUGAAUCCGCAGAAUGGCGACUAAAACUUCACACGAUCUUCACCACAAUUUUGCCAAACUCGCGGAAGAAACUGGAUUCGUGUUUAAUGCACACAGGCCCCGAGUGCAUUUAGACUGGAAUAAAAUAAGAAGCAUCGAUGUGGAAAGUUUAGUAAAAGAUCGCAAGUUCUUUGUUAUUGAGCAAAACUUGAAUGACAUCGUGGACUGCGUGUUGGAGUCGGAGUUCGACGUGCGCAUCCUGGAGCCGGGCGUGGUGAAGCUGUUCCGCCUGGCGCAGCUGGCGCUGGAGUACCAGCAGUUCUGCCGCCGCUACCUCGACCGCAGCGUCGCCGUGCUGCGCGACCAACUCACCAGCGUUAUGCAGGAUCUGGAAGCCGCCAAAAAAGAUAUAAGAGAGAGAGAUGAAGAAAUAAGGAAGCUGAAAAGAAAGUCAAAACAUAACUUCAAGCCUCCACAGGUCUUCUAUGGUCACGAUAAUAUCGCGAAUAUGAUACUUAAAACACUGUCUCACAACGGUGAAAUGUAUCCGGCUACGUCGUUGUUAGAUUCAUCACAUCAAUACAAUAAGUGCAAUUUUUGUGAUAAGGUAUUCUUAAAUCAAUUAUAUCUUAAAAGUCAUAUGAACCGCAGGCAUCCAAAUAUGAUGGAACAUCCUGAAAAAGAUACAGAUGUAAAAGACCAAUAUAGCUGCAAUAAUAAUGAUCACACGAAAUUGAAUGAAGAAAUAAUGGAAUUGAGGUCGAAAUUACAAGAAAUGCAAACGACUAUUACAAAUUUAAAUAAUACCCAUCCAACCACCCCAGACUUUAAUAAUAUAACGAGUAAUGUAGAUAACACCAAUCUUGUCUCUGAAGAUAUUAAAGGUAAUGGAGAUGCAGAAAAUACAACAGCCCCAGAUAACACUGUGCUAUUAGAGAAAAUUGAAGAGUGGAAGAAAGAAGAACGCGAUAAAUACAGUAAAGAAAUGGAUUUGUUUCGGAGUCAAAUAUUCGAAACCAUAAAUACAAUGAAUCAGCAGAAAACUGAAAACACUAUUGACCAUGAAAAAGUAUUGAUACAACAACUAAACAGCACAAUACAGGAACAAGGACAUCAAAUUCAUUUACUGAAAGAGGAGAUAUCAAGUAAGAUUUUGGAAGCAGAAAGAGACAAAAUGAACAAAAGUAACGAAUUUGAGGCGCAGAUUCUGCAAUGGAUGCAAAAAGUGGAAACUCAGACAAAGCAGUACCAACAGAUGGUGGAUACUUUGAACCAGGUGACGAAGGAAGCGCAGGAGGCCCGCGCCCAGGCCGAGGCAGAGCGAGGGAGGGCCGCCCGUCUGCAGGCCAUGCUCGAGGAACGACAGAAAAAACCAGAGACACAGGCACAGAACCAUAGGGUGGAAAAACAUGACGAUAGCAAGACCACAGAUGAUCAACAUAAAAGCAGAUCCAAGUCGAAUAAGAGGUCCAGUUGGAUGUCUGAAAGUAAGAGUCUUGAAGAACUCCACCAAAAAGCUCAAGCUCUUCUAAACAUGAAGUCUAGUUCAUCUGACGAUAUCAGUGAUAGUAACUAUAGCUCAUCUCCAAAAAAAGUAAUAACAAAAAAGCCAAUAAAUGAUGUUAGACAAAAGGAAAUUAGAGUGAAGUAUGAUCAUAGUGCGGAUGAGGAAGAUAUUUCACAAGAAGAAAAUAUACGACAGGCUGAUUUCAAACCAGCGAAACCGCUAAAAUUAGAUCCAAAAGUUAAGAAACAGUCAAAAAUUAGGGUGAAGUAUGAUCAUAGUGAGGAUGAGGAAGCACAGGAAGAAAAUAUACGAGAGGCUGAUUUCAAACCAGCGAAACCGUUAAAAUUUGAUGCUAAAGUUAAGAAACAGCCAAAAAUCUUGAAAGACAAAGUUGAUACAAUCAUUAGUAAGAAGAAUGGCCUAACCGUGCAUCAUAGCCCUAUCCGAGUAAUCCGUGCGAAAUUGAAUGAAGAGUUAAAUCAACGUUUAGCCUUAGCUGGAGUAGACCCAUUGAAGGGAGGGGUAAGCAACAAAGAGUUUAAUAAACUGCAAAAGAAGCUAAUGCAAGAGCAGAGACUUAAAAUAAAGAAUAAUCCUGCCUACGAAAAAACUCGAAAUUCUAUAUUGGCCUAUUUAGACACCCGAGCUGCUGCUGAGAACGAAGAACAUAAAUCGAAAUAUUUGACACCAACCAAAUCACCGAAGACUUUCAGUUUGUCCUCAGUGAUGACGAAUGUAAAAAAGAAAGCACUUUCUCUAGUGAAACAUUCUGAUGUAAGCAGAGAAAAUCGUUUGUCUAUGAGUGAGGUAACGAAGAGAGCAAUAGCUAUUUUAAAAACACCGCCAGAUUCAGCUCAAACAAGCCCAGUAAAUAAAAGGCGUAGUCCCGAAAAGGUGAUAGAACGAAAUCCUAAGACAUCUCAUUUUGACCGGAAGGUCUUGGCAACAAAGGCAUCCGCUAAUAAACCAGAAAGAAGUGAUAAACUUAACACAACAAUGAGACAAGUAGUAGAAGUUAGUAUUUCUGAAGAAUCAGAAGACGAUUCAGACACUAGUGAGAGUGAUCAUAAGUAUUAUGAUUCCACAUUCCUCACAAAAGGAUCAAAAUCUAUCGAUAAUUUAAUUAAGUCACCAGCUCGAAGACCAGCUACUGCUUCCGGGGAUUAUAAUGAGAAACUAACAACUGUGAAAGAAAGCUCAGUUGAUUUAAGUCGAACACAGUCAGAUCCCAACAUACUGGAAGUGAAAGACGAUAAAAUCUAUAGUAACAAAUUAUUGUCACCAUAUAAAAGCGAUAUAGCGACAAAAGCAGUCGAGUCCCCUUUGAAAAAUCAAAGUAUUCUCGAUGCACCGAAAAGUCCCAAACAAGCAAAAGGUGUGCUAAAGAAUGCCCCGUCUACAUCUUCUUUGAAUAAAAAGAAGGUGUUAUUUGACAUGGAUGCUAUUCAAACUAAGUCAAUAAGCGCCUCACCAUCUCAAAGUACAGAGAAAAGCGAUACCAAUGAGAAUGAAAAGUAUGAGUUAGGUCUCAUCAAUCUUGAUGACGAGGAAUGGGAUAUAUCCAGCAUUGAUAACGAACCGCUAAAAAAACUGCACGAAGAGACGAAGAUAAACGUUAUAUCCCGAGCGACUCCGUCGCCUAAGAUAGCGGAGUUGAAGCAAACGAUCGAGUCGCAGUUGGCGAGACGGAACGAGACGCCGUCGACCAUGCUCGUGGGGGGCGUGGACGUGCUCCGCGGGCCUCGGGGCAAGCCCGCCAGCCUCGGGGGCAGCAACACCAGUCUCGGAAGCUCCGUCUUCGACAUCACUGAUGAAGCCGUCAUACAGGUCAAAACUACGACGAAGACAAAGCAAGACCACAAGGACGAUAGCGACCUCGACAUCUCAGAGUUCAGCAUUGACGACGGCAUCGUAAAUAAUAAAAAAAGAGAUUCUUUUUAA